AAAUGUUACUUCCAUCCACUCACAUCGUGUUAAGAAUAACAUUGAAUAUUCAUACCAUGACAUUUCAGUAGGAUUGAACAAGCAGUUAUCACAUUGUUCAAUAUUCGUUAUCCUUACUUGGGUUGAUCGUAACCGUUAUGCUAACUCAACGUGGCAUUGGACGCAUGUUCGUUCAUACUCGAAGCGGGUCUAAUAACCAACAGAACUCGCGAUAGUUCAGUCUCAUCAGAUAUUCGCUCUUCUCAACAGUUUUGUUGCUGCUGCUGUUGUUGUUGUUGUUGUUGUUUGUGAUUUAAAAACAGGAGUCUCCUCCAUCCAUUCAUCAACCCAUUCAACUGAACUCUCUCUACAUCACAGUACGACUCCCUCCCUAUCAAACCACCAACAAUGGAGUCUUUUCUCGGUCUCGAUCUCACAAGGAACUAUUCCUUCUUCACAGUCCCAGCUGCAUUCUUCAUCAUCACGUUCCCUCACGCCUACACCAUCACCGCCGGUGCCAAAGGGACCUACGACAACUGUAACCCUCGCUCUCACAGGGACAGAAUAGCCAGUUGCCAGACGCUUGAUAAAUCUCAUAAACAAUUCCUCCUCCGUGCAAAAGCUGCCACAGAAAACGGCCUCGAAACUAUCGGUUGCUAUGCCGCAGGUAUCUUGGCCGCGAAUUUCGCUGACGUACCAGCGCCAACAAUCAACAUUCUCGGUCUCGGCUUUGUUGUGAGCCGUCUCCUGUACAACAUCGCUUACCUGUGGUUGCAGGAUAUUCCCCGACUAUCACGGGUACGCAGUUUAGUUUGGGUAACCAGCAUCGGGUUUAUUAUGUCGUUGUGGGUGAAGGCCGGAAACAAGAUGCUAUCCAUGUAAAAAGACAGCCAGCCACCUGAGGGCCGGUGUAUACCUACCUAGAUAGGUAUCUAUUUGCUAACUACCUAGUCACCAGAGACUGUUCUGUUGGCUUCCAGUCUUCCCAAGUACAACAUUCCCGCCUGGUCUCACACUUUCUCGGCCAUUUUAUUCGCCUUGUGAAAUUCUUUGCCCCGGGUA